AUGGACUGGAUCGAAAUUAUGGAUGAUCCAAGGGUCUGGGGCUUGUUAUCUCACCAUCGGUUCUCCGACACAGUUCGGCGAUGGGCCGAAUCGAGAUCCACCGCUCCCGGCGGUUGGCCGGAACGAGAGCAACAGGUCGCCGAUUACUACGGCCGCCGUGCUGCCGGCCACGACCGCGGACGCCGACGCCUCCUCGAUGGAGGCGAUCAGGAGCUCACUUUCUCCGACGGCAACGCCACGGUUCGCGUCAACAGCUUGGGAUUUUUGCACUAUGCGGUGGUUGCUUUGGGGACUCCGAAUGUGACGUUUAUGGUGGCCUUGGAUACUGGAAGUGAUCUGUUCUGGGUGCCCUGUGACUGUGUUAGCUGUGCUCCGACGAGCUCCGGUACCAAUGGAUUUGAUUUUGAUUUCAGCAUCUAUAGUCCUAAUAUGUCUUCGACAAGCCAAGGCAUUCCUUGUAGCAGCAACUUAUGUGAGCGGCACAGGUGUUCUAAAGACAGCAGCCAAUGUACUUACAAUGUUGAAUAUGUGUCUGACGAUACAUCAUCUACUGGUGUUUUAAUUAAGGACCUCUUGUAUUUGACAACAGAGGAUACUAGUUCUAAAGUUGUUAAAACGCCAAUUGUUUUUGGUUGUGGAAUGAUUCAGACUGGUUCCUUUCUGGAUGCUGCAGCUCCAAAUGGCCUUUUUGGGCUUGGUAUGGACAAAUUAUCUGUUCCUAGCACCUUAUCUAGUUCUGGCAUCACAUCGAAUUCAUUUUCCAUGUGCUUUGGUCGUGAUGGUCUUGGGAGAAUUAAUUUUGGGGACAACGGAAGUUCAGACCAAGAAGAGACACCAAUCAACACCAGGAAUCUACACCCCACAUACAAUAUCAGCCUUACUGGAAUUGGUGUAAGGAACAUUUCCAUGGAAGUAGGUUUUAGUGCACUUGUUGACUCGGGUACAUCUUUCACCUACUUGGCUGAUCCAGCUUACUCAAGUCUCGCAAAAAGUUUCAACUCGCAAGUACAUGAUAAGCCAUUCACAGCUGAUUCCGAUAUCCCUUUUGAAUAUUGUUAUCAGAUAAGUUCCAAUGAGUCUAUGGUUCAGUUACCUGAUAUAAGCUUUACAGCAAAAGGUGGAAGCCAUUUUCCUAUCAAUGACCCAAUAGUUCUCAUCUCUAACGAGAAGAAACGUCAAUUCAUCUAUUGCUUGGCUGUUAUCAAGAGUACACAACUGAAUAUAAUUGGACAAAAUUUCUUGACUGGCCUUCGUGUAGUCUUUGAUCGGGACAGAAUGAUCGUGGGUUGGAAGAAGUUCGACUGUUAUAAAGUCGAGGAUUCCAACCCUCUUCCAGUGAAUCCACGAAAUUCUUCUGCAACUCCUCCGAGCAUUGCUUUUAGCCCUAGCAGUUACACUCCAGAGGCGACAAAGGGGAAAGGGCACAACGGAACUGAAGCCUCAGUUUUGACACCGGGGGCUGCAAGUAGCCACUCUUCACUAGUGAACACCUUGGCGAGCACCAUUUUACUACUGCUUCUGCUCCCUCUGUCCAUUAUUUGAUCAUUCAUUGUUGGCAGCUGAUUAUAGAAUAUAGAGCUUUUUUAUUUCGAUUUUCCUCGAUCACCCUAGUUAGGUUUUAGGGUCAGCGAUACAGUAUAGAGGAUCCCAUCUUUGGCAUUUCAUAGAUUUAUUUUUUCUCGUCAUUUGUUUUGUGUUUAUUGGAUGCCAGUUUUUUUAUUGAGUGCAGAAGCUGGCUGUAUAUAUAAAGUCAUGUACGCUGAUUCUUUACCCUAAAUAUAUUUUUGUAUACAGGUUAUAUGAAAAGUAUUUAUAUUUGACAUAUUUUGGUAUCUUAUA